GUGGAGCCUCAUGUCAAAUUAGCGCAACGGGUACUUCAGCUGUUUACGAUCAACAGAGUUUAGGAAACAAGAUAGUUAGACAACAAUGUAGGUUUUAAACUCCACGCUGGAAUAUAAUGGCAAGAGAAAACACUGUUAGCUGAUGGUGCUAGUUUGUUCUCUUGGUAGGCUACUAAUGGAACACUUCGAGCAGAAACAGGUCGUCACCGCUAGCCAAAGAGGCUACAAUGGUUCGUUAGCAAUGUCAAGUCAUAACCUUCCGCCGGUGCGGCAUCUGCCACAAUGGACCCGGGUCGGGCGCCUCGGGAAGCCUUGCUCGCCUCGGCGUUUACCUCCAAACAAACUGCAGCCACAGCCUGUCCUCCCGCCAGCCGACAAACGAGUGUGGAGGGCAGCAGAGGUGUCCUGUCACAGCGACACGGACCCCCACGUCGCGUCCAUGCGGAGGAAUAUCCAGUUCCUCCAGCAGCAACACAAGGACACUCUCGAGAAGCUCCAUGCAGAGAUAGAGUAUCUCAGACGGGAGAAUAAAGAGUUGCAGUAUAAGAUGAUAAUGGAGCCUCCCAAGUCCUGUAGAAAAGGAGUGACACAAAGUCGGCGAGGCAUCAGACCCCCCACUCAGGGAAGUGAAGCCCAUACGGGACUCUACCUGGAGGAGACGCUGCAGGACACUCGACCCUCACAGGACCAAGCACUGAGCCUUGGAGAUGGCAGCGACAUUCUGGGAUGUGCCAGGCAGGAGCCCAGCCUAGAGGUGAAGGGGGGUCUCAUCACCUCAUUACAACCUCUACGAAUCCACAGCAACCCCUCCCAUCCGCCGCGAGCCCCCACCCUGCAGGAAUGUGAGGUCAUCAUUCGGCAGCUCUACAACGCGAACAGCUUACAGUCUCAAGAAAUCAUACGUGUGAAGGCAUUGCUGAGAGAUAUUGUUUUGAGCAAAAAAAUCACCCCAGAGAACUACAUCCUGACCAAGGCCUUCCUUGUGGACGGAACCCGCAAAGUCACAGAAGAAAAGACAUUUCCGAAACUUGGUCUUCAAACAUUUCCCGAAAAGCCGUCCGGACCCUCUCACUCUGGGGUGGUCCUCCCUGCCCUGAAACAGAGCCUCAGCAGCAGCAUCGCAGACAGACAGAGGAGGACCCGUGCUGUGCAGAGAGACCGCUUCAAAAGGACGGUGCACUGACAGGAUCCCCAGCACACAUCCAGUACACUGUUAUCCACCACCAUAUAAAGUAUUUCUGUCCUAUCAUAUUUUUUUUAAUAAUUGUACUCAUGAAGGACCCACUUACAUGAAAAGAUAAAAAUAGUUUUUCAUUCUGCACACAAACAGAAAAGGAAAUAAAGUCACAAAUGCAGUUUUGUCCUUGGAACGGUAAAUGUAUUUAUUUAUUGUUUGCCAAACAUUUUAGGACAUUUGAACUAUAAAGGUAGACAUCUCUAACUGAACAAGGCUGCUUUUACCAAACUGAGUCAGCAUUCAGUGCGUUGAGCUUUUAGAGGACAUUCAUUGUAAUUCUGCCAAAAUUAUGGGGGAAUUGUACAGUACUAUAUAGAAAUAAUAACUUGUUAUUAUUCAAACUAAUUCAUACUUUCAUCACUGCAAACAACCAAAGUUAUCUCUCUAAAAACACAUUAAGGAAAAAGAAUAACAACUUUUUUCCCAGGCCCCUUUUGUACACAACAAAACUAGAUUGAACUAUCUUAACAAAAAAAGAGCUCUGUCCUGUUUUUUUACAACGACUUCUGCUCUUCCUGUCUUUUUAACAUAAUAUUUUUGGCAAUGGUCUUAAGAGUGUGAGAAGACACACAGCUGUGAAAAGCCAAACAUGUUAAA